ACUUCCUCUUUCCAUCGAUAUGUGAAACAUGGCGACCAGAACUCUCGAGUCAACGGCACGGAAGCCGAUUUUAAAGGACCUAAGUCCGUAACUCAAAAUCCUCAAAAAUCUUCGACAUCGAAAACACGAAUUAUUGGUCAAUUUAAAUCAACAUUGAUGAUGUAAACUUACCGGGAAAAGAUGAGCUUCUGAUAUCCGAUAUUUAAGAUAAAAUAAUUUUAUUAACAUUGGUACACGAAUCGUGUACCAUAAUGCGCUUCAGCCCCAGUUGUAUUGAGGGACGAGGCUAGACACAUUGCACCACAUCAAAUGGAGUUAUGUAGGCUAGAAUAACUAGACGCUAGAAAUUUGCACUCGAUUGAGAUUGCUGACUUAUUUCGCCGAACAUAACUGAUUUGAAAUUGGAGUAAAAACGGAAACCAUUAAAUAAAUGUAAAUCAGUUUAUAUACAUUCAUAUUACAGUAUUAUAUGCGUUGCGACCCACUUUUGUGAAUUUCUAGGUCCCAAAUGUUAGCGAUUUAGCUCCAUUAAUUGACGUACACAUAUUUAAAAUAUGAAAUUAGCCGAAGGAUUAAUUAGUCAUGAACGAGAUUAUAAGAAUCUAUUUUGAAACCAAGGAAAAAUAGAAAAUGGCCCAUACAAAAUACAACUUUUAUAGAUAAACUAGUGGGUAGACCCACUAAAUAAGAGAUCAUAAAAGAAACAAGUAGUUUACUUUGAUUUCACACAACACAUUUAUGUCUGCUUACAGGGCUAAAAACUUGAUAUUCAAACCACAACUAAAAUAUUACAUAACUCAUUUUAUGUAUUCAUAUUCAAGAGGUCCGAUGAAUCUAGGACUAUUUCUCGGUAAUAAAAAACCCUAUCAGUUAAUAAGGGUUUCGUGUGUUAAAAACAAUAACCUUAAGUUUUUGAAUUCCUUCUUGUAUACUGAAAAUAAAUGUUUGUGUGACAGAAUAUAUGUGGAUACACCUAUCCAAUUUCUGAAGGUAAUCAUGGCAAGUUAUUGUGAAAUUGAUUCAUUGAGUUGUGAAAGGGAUGAUGAACAAAUGAAUAUUGAUGAGAACUUAUCAUCAGUUUCUAAAGAUCGGAUAGUAGCUGAUCUAGUGGAUAUUGAUUAUACCGAAGCAGAAAACGAAACUAGAUCUUCAGAAUUAUCAGAACCGUCAGAAGUCACUGACCUUACAUGUUCAGAUGAAAGAAUUUCACCGAAAAGUUUGUUAUAUCAAGUUACAAACUUUUUUCAACAGAAUUAUCCUUUAAUACAUAAAGAUUUAUUACAUGAUGGUGCUAUUUGCCCCAGCUCGUUUUUGACAAAGUUGAAAGAAAGUUCUGAAGAACAGAUGAAAGAUAGCACUCAAAUAACAAUACAUGAGAAGGAUCCGUUAUGUGUAACAGCAACUUCGUCUAAAAUGGAAACACCUGCUGAUGAAGAUGUUAUAGAUAUUUCUGUUUUAUAUUCAGACAAAUUUGAUCAAGAAUUUAAAAAAACUGAAACAAAGAAUCAAGGUAAAAAGAGGAAAAGAAAAAAGAAAAUGGAUGGAAAAAAAGAAGGGAAAAAAUAUCCAACACAUUUUAUAGCUUUACAAAUAAAGGAUGAAGAAAUUCAUGAGAAAGUAAAAGAUUUACAGUCAAAGUUGCUAGAGAGUAAUAUAAAAUACCAAAAAGCUGUCGUAUCACAUGAAAAACUACAUAUGACUUUGAUGGUAUUUCAUCUUACUGAGGAAAAUAUGGAUCAAGCCAAAUUGGCUUUAAAUAAUGCAGCUACAGAAAUCAUCAAUAUGUUCAGUCAGCCAUUAGAGCUUACUCUACAGGGUCUUGGUCAUUUUAAUAAUAAGGUUUUGUUUGCUAUUGGUGAAAAUCAGAUGUUGUACAAGAUUGCAGAAAUUGUUGAAGAAUCAAUGGCUAGUUAUGGUAUAUUUACCACUGAUACAAGAUCUACAUUUAAGCCACACAUUACAAUCAUGAAGUUAUCACAAGAUCCAAAAUUAUACAGACAAGGUAUUAAAAAGAUCGAUCCAGUAAUUUGGGAAGAUUAUAAAGAUACUAAAUUUGGUUCAGACUGUAUUACAUCUCUACAAAUAUGUUCGAUGACCGGGGGAAAAGGUGAAGAUGGAUAUUAUCAAGUUUGUCAUGUUUCAUCCUUUGUUAAGGAUACAGUAUAGAUAGAUAAAACUUAAAACAAUAGUCAACUUUACAGUGUUAAAAUAUAGAACUGAUACCUUGACAGCACAACGUCAACUUUACAGUGUUAAAAUAUAGAACUGAUACCUUGACAGCACAACCUGACUUGGUCCUUUGCUGGCACUUUGAUUAGACCCAUGUUAGAAAUAGAGGAAGUCAAUAAUGACAGGGUCAACCAAUGCACUCUUUUGUAAAAAAUCUGUAAUUGGUGGAUUGAUCAAUUUGGAUUUGUAAUUGUGGAUUACCUCAAAGUCAGCUAACACUGUCAAGUUGACUAAAGUAUAUUGUGAAGCCUUCACUUUAUGAAGAUGUCAAAUAGGCAACUACUAUUGUUUUUUAUAGGUCAUAUUUUGAAUAUUAAUGCAGCAUAAAUACAGUUAUCAGACCUAUAUUUAAAUGAUUGUUUUUCAUACUAAUUAAAGUUAUUAAUAUUUUUGAAUAUGGCAAUACAACUUGAUUAAAUAUUUUCACUGAUGUGGCCUUACUAAACUUAUGUCUCUAUGAUAGUUUGAUUAUUUAUUUAUACAAAACCAUGAGGUGCUGUUAUGUCCAAUAAAAUUGUUAUUUGAUAUAAAG